AUGUAUCAUCUAAGAGUGAUUGCUGAAAUAACGAGUGUUAUUAAACGUGCACAAGAUAAUAAUGAUCACGUUGAAUUACUUGUUGUUGAAAAAUAUUUUUAUGAUAAAUUAAAAGAAAACGAUAUCUCGUUCAAUCCUAUAUUUGCUAUAACAAUUGACACACCAAAAACAAUGUUUCGUGAUUGCCAGAAUUUUCCUAAACAUGAACCACGUAUAUGUGAAAUAUAUUUAAAUGAAACUGAUUGA